GCGGGUGGCUGGUGGUGAUUGGAUGGCUGCUGGCCGCGGGGCGGAAUGCGGGAUGUCUGAUUUUGGGCGGGAAUUGAAACCGCCGCGGCGGACCCGAAGAACCUGAGAGCCGCGGGGUUUCCAGCGUUGAGAGCGACCAUGGUGCGGCCUGUGAGACAUAAGAAACCAGUCAAUUACUCACAGUUUGAGGACUCAGACAGUGAUGAUGAUUUUGUUUCGGCAACUAUACCUUUAAACAAGAAAUCCAGAACAACACCAAAGGAGUUAAAACAAGAUAAACCAAAAUCUAACUUGAAGAAUGUCCAGAAACAAGACAUCCCACUCCAAGAGAAAACCCCUAAAAAAAGGAUGGCUUUAGAUGAUAAGCUGUACCAGAGAGACUUAGAAGUUGCACUAGCCUUAUCAGUGAAGGAACAUCCGACAGUCACCACUGGAGUGCGGACGUCUCCAGACAAAAGCAUUGAAAAAUAUGGCAGUAGUGAAACAGAAACAAUGAAAAAGUCUCCUCAUCUCUCUAAUUGCAGUGUGACCAGUGAUUAUUUAGAUUUGGAUAAGAUCACGGAGGAAGAUGGUGUUUGUGGGGCUAACAGGAAGCGGAGGGCAGCAUCCAAAGCUCAGCUGCAGCAGAGGAAGACUUCUCGGGAAGGAAGUGAUGGCAACAGUGCUGAUGACACUGACCCAGACUUUGCAACCAGUGAAGAUUCUGCAGAUGAUUCUGAUUAUGGAGAGAGUGACGAUAAUGAUGAAGACUUCACUAUGAGAAAAAGUAAAGUUAAAGAAAUUAAAAAGAAAGAAGUGAAGGUAAAAUCCCCAGUAGAAAAGAAAGAGAAGAACUCUAAAUCCAAAUGUAAUGCUUUGGUGACUUCAGUAGACUCUGCUGCAGCUGCUGUCAAAUCAGAACCUCAGCCCUCACCAAAGCAGGUUUCCCUGUCUUCAGAGGCCGCUAGGAAACCGUUACAGAUAUGCAGCCCUUCUGCUGAAAGCAAGAGGCCCAAGUGGGUCCCACCAGCGGCAUCUGGAAGUAGCAGCUCCAGGAGCAGCCCCCUAGCAGGAGCGACAGUUAAGUCUCCAAAUCAGAGUCUCCGCCUUGGCUUGUCCAGAUUAGCACGAGUUAAACCUUUGCAUCCAGGUGCCACUACUGGCUGAGUGUGGUGGCACAGGAAUGUGUGAUUGAGAGAAUCACAAUGUCUCAAGCAUGUUUCUGUUUGAUUUGUGUUUAUCCGCGUAUUUGAGGGGGACAUUGAAAUGUAUCGUGUCAUGUUGUAUAAAUGGACUCUACCCACUUGGUGAUUCUGUUCCCUGUGAAGCUAUUCAAGACUUCAGUAAAAGGUUUAUUUAUAUGGAUUAUCUUCUCAUGCGAUUUCCUUCUGAAGAGCGUGUUCUAUCUUCUUAUGCAUCAUAAGUCACAGUCAUCACCUGUUUGCCAGUGUGACAGGGAGGAAGUCCGUGUCACAUGCUGUUCUUGUUCUGUGCUGUUCUCUAGCCUUGUCUAGUUUCUGACACCUUAGCUUUAACUGUUCAGAGUUUUUAUCUGGCCGGGGGAAUCAUUUCCAUUUCUUUCAGGAGACAUUUCUGAAACCUUCCUAUUAAUAUUGCUACUUAAGCAAUAUUAACCGUCAGUUUUAUUGCAAAAAUGUUUCAUAUUUUACCCAAAUCAUUUUAUAGUAAGAAUUCAGAAUUAUUUUACAUAUCAAAGUGAUUUAAUAGUUAUGUCUCCUACUUGGAAAUAGAUGGUUAUUGUAUAGCAAACAGAAUUUAAUGACAUUUUAUGAAGUCUUCAUUAUCAAAAGCCUCUAAUAAAAGUGAAAAAGCUCUUUUCCCUAUUUCUUUUAUAUUUCUCUGAUUGUGUACGUUUCAUGAUAAGAUGAGAGCCUUGCAAGGAACAUUAACCUUGUAAGCAUAACCAGGGGAAGCAGUUUCGUAAUCACUGUGUGUUCAGCCAGUACUCUGGAGAACAGCUGUCCAGUACUCGGUCAUCCUGAGUAUUCUAUUAAAGAAUAUAGAUUCUCAGGAAACUCAGCUCUGAAUUUAUUGUGAAUAAAAGCAGUAAUGAGUGUUUUAUGGUAAGAAUGAUCACUUUUUAAUAAAAAUUUUCAAAUCAUGUUAACCACUUAAAGACAUUAAUACUUAGCUCUUGCUUUAUGGAAACAUUUGUCUUAA